GAAGCUGCUCUUCGCUGGGUAGCGGCCGGAGGGGCGGGCUGGAGGGCUGAGGGCGUCGGAGCUGCUCUCGACUCGCUCGGCGGCGCAAGAUGGCGGACAUCUCCCUGGACGAGCUCAUCCGGAAGCGCGGAGCGGCGACGAAGGGCCGGCUCAGCACCAGACCAGGAGUUGGAGGCGUCCGAUCCCGCAUUGGGAUCCAGCAGAGUAGUCUGCUUAGCCAGUCAGCACGCACAGCCACUUUCCAGCAGAGAUUUGAUGCCCGGCAGAAGAUUGGCCUCUCAGAUGCCCGCCUCAAGCUGGGAGUCAAAGAUGCUCGGGAAAAGCUUUUGCAGAAAGAUGCUCGGUUUCGGAUCAAAGGGAAAGUGCAGGAUGCCAGAGAGAUGCUUAACUCUCGCAAGCAGCAGAGUACAGUGCCACAGAAGCCCCGCCAGGUGGCAGAUGCCCGGGAGACUAUCAGCUUGAAGAGAAGGUCCCCUGCUGCCUUCACAAGCCCUCCCAUUGGGACAGUGACCCCUGCUCUGAAGCUCACCAAAACCAUCCAGGUUCCACAGCAGAAGCCCAUGGUACCACUUCAUACCCAUCCUGCUGGAAUGAGGAUCAACGUUGUCAAUAACCACCAGGCCAAACAGAAUUUAUAUGACCUAGAUGAAGAGGAUGAUGUUUUAGCACCUAUUCCUGCUAAACAGAUGAAGUUUUCAGCCUCAGGAGGCUUUCUUCACCAGACGGCUGGGCUGAGCAGUUCCAAGCUCUCCAUGUCCAAGGCCCUCCCUCUCACCAAAGUGGUUCAGAAUGAUGCGUACACUGCUCCUGCUCUCCCCUCUAUUCGAACAAAGGCCUUGACCAACAUGUCCCGGACACUGGUAAACAAGGAGGAGGCCCCCAAAGAGCUGCCAUCUGCUGAGACUGUUCUCAGCCCUUUGGAAGGUACCAAGAUGACUGUGAAUAAUCUGCACCCCCGAGUCACUGAAGAGGACAUUGUUGAGCUUUUCUGUGUGUGCGGAGCACUUAAGCGAGCUAGACUGGUCCAUCCUGGGGUGGCAGAGGUGGUUUUUGUGAAGAAGGAUGAUGCCAUUACAGCAUAUAAAAAAUACAACAACCGGUGUCUGGAUGGGCAACCAAUGAAGUGCAACCUUCACAUGAACGGCAAUGUCAUCACCUCUGAGCAGCCCAUCCUGCUGCGGCUGAGCGACAGCCCCGCAGUGAAAAAGGAGAGCGAGCUGCCCCGGAGGAUGGCUCCGGCCUCCUCCUCCGCCCCCGCUGCUGAGGUGGACCCUGACACUAUCCUGAAGGCGCUCUUCAAGUCCUCGGGGGCCUCGGUGACCACGCAGCCCACAGAAUUCAAAAUCAAACUUUGAGAGGGCAGAAACACAAGGGUGGCUCUGUCUGCCAAGGCAAAGCUCGUGACCAAUGGGCCCUUGGACUGAAGCCCUGAACAUGGAGAGGGCUUCCUCACUGGACGGGGCCUGCCUUUCUGUGUUCUUCUACCCUGUGCGCUUCUGUACAUUAACGUUUCUUGUAGUUCAUUUCUUCUCCCCUCCACCUCUUCACCAACGUAGGCCUGUGUGUGUCAGUGGGAGCCUCCCCUCCCCUCUGCCCAAGCUGAUUUUUCCUCUAGAAAUGGUGCGCUGAAUUCUCUGGGUGGCAUUCCUGUGGCCUGAUGGGAAGCUUCCUUCCGUGCAGGGCGACACUGUUUGGGGAGGUUGCCUUCCCUUCUAAGUUCUUCAAACACUGCAGAGGGGUCCUGCAGUGCUGGUGGGCACGGUCUCACCUUGAAAGCCCAUCCACCUAGCCAGUGGAGGAGCAGCCUGGGCAGGGAUCAGUUUCCAGGCCUCUCAUUGGUCUGCAGAGGGCCUUUGGCAAGGGCAGGAUGGGCUGUGGCUCUGCACACAGCUGUGCACCACCAGCUCAGGCAUCCCAGCGUGAAAUCCCAGAGCCAUAUUUUCCGUGUUCCUCGAGCUGUGCCGAAUGCCCAGUCUGGUCUCCUGCGCCUUGUGAGGAUCACUGCUGGGCCCUCUUGGCCCAGCAUGGAGGUCAUCACAGGCUAGCUUUGGUGCAGGCUCUUUCUGGUCUUGGUCAUCUACAAACACCCGCCAGGGAUGCCAGAAGCAUGUGUUUUUCUGCCUUGGCCAAGGGGAUGGAUAAAGGAGUGUCUUGCAGAGCAUAGCUCUGACAGGCAAAUGAGUGUUUCCCUACGGCUUCCUCCCAGGCAGCUGGGGCAGAGCUAUAGGACACAGGCAUGCUCUCCAAAUGGCAGGAGGAAUUGUUCCUGGUGCCCUUUCGCAGAGCCCUGCUGCAUUGUGGGGUGUGCACAGUGCACGGCCAGAGCCACGCAGGCUGGGGGCAGGGCUGGAGGGACACUACCAUCACUUCUGCAGCCCAGGAAGCAAAGUGGGCUGAGGUGCCUCCACUUCCCUGAGGCGAGUUAGUUGAUAGACCAAGCAGGAAAGAUCAGGAGCUUGAGCCCAGCUAUAGUUUCACAGCUCUGAGGUGCUGCGCUUCUCUCCCCCUCUGGUUCAAACGUUCCUUUCUAGCAGCUGAAAGACAUUCCUUCUUUCUAUACUGGCCCCUUCUGGGCCAGGAGGCCCCCCCAGAAAGCACUAGGACCUCACUUGUUGGACCCAGUUGAGAGUAGAGGCGUCAGGGGACCUGCCCACAUGGCUCUUCCCUCCCUCCCCUCCUUUCCCAAGCCAGGUGUGCGCUCUGCAGCCCCUGGCCCUGUAGGGACUUGGUUUCCCCUGCUCCAUAAACUGUCUUCUUGGGGAACAGCAGAGGGUAGUGGGCAGCGCUGUGCCCUCCUCCCCCACUCCCCCACUGUGUCUCAUGUUGAGGAGAGGAAAAGGCAUUAAGAUACGGACUUGUCUGUAUCACUUUCCAUUUCUGAAUAAACGUUUGUUAUUCCUA